AUGGUACAGAUCAGCGAGGUCAAGAGCCAUGGGCGCGACAAUCGCACCUCGGCCCACACCCACAUCAAGGGCCUCGGGCUGAAGCUCGAUGGAACUGCAGACAAGCAGGCAGCAGGCUUCGUAGGCCAGCAGACUGCGCGAGAAGCAGCCGGUGUCGUCGUUGACCUUGUUCGAGCGCACAAGCUUGCGGGCCGCGGAGUUCUACUUGCUGGAGGACCUGGUACCGGAAAGACAGCCCUUGCCCUUGCCAUAAGCCAGGAACUUGGAACGAAAAUCCCCUUCUGCCCUAUUGUCGGUAGCGAGAUCUACUCCUCGGAGGUCAAGAAGACAGAGGUAUUGAUGGAGAACUUCCGCCGCGCGAUUGGACUGAAAGUACGGGAGACAAAAGAGGUUUACGAAGGCGAAGUCACAGAGCUCACACCUGAAGAGGCGGAGAACCCCUUGGGAGGCUAUGGCAAGACAAUCUCCACGCUCUUGAUUGGACUCAAAAGCGCAAAGGGUCAGAAGAAGUUGCGUUUGGAUCCCAGUAUCUACGAGGCGAUUCAGAAGGAGAGGGUGACAGUGGGCGAUGUCAUCUACAUUGAGGCAAACACAGGCGCGUGCAAACGCGUUGGACGAUCCGAUGCAUACGCGACAGAGUUCGACCUGGAAGCCGAGGAGUAUGUACCGAUUCCGAAGGGAGAGGUUCACAAAAAGAAAGAAAUUGUUCAAGACGUCACACUACACGAUCUGGAUGUGGCAAACGCCCGGCCUCAGGGUGGCCAGGACAUCAUGUCGAUGAUGGGUCAACUCAUGAAGCCAAAAAUGACUGAGGUCACCGACAAGCUGCGUGGCGAAAUCAACAAGGUCGUCAGCAAAUACAUUGAGCAAGGCGUGGCGGAGUUGGUCCCUGGAGUUCUUUUCAUUGACGAGGCGCACAUGCUCGAUGUUGAGUGCUUCACCUACCUAAACCGAGCUUUGGAGCAGUCAAUUUCGCCAAUCGUUGUGCUCGCCUCGAACCGUGGCAUGGCAACUAUUCGCGGUACUGAUGACAUCGUUGCCGCACAUGGCAUCCCGCCCGACUUCCUAGCUCGUCUCCUCAUCAUCCCCACAACGCCGUAUGAUGCCGAAGAGAUCCAGAGGAUCGUUCGCAUUAGAGCGGCAACGGAAGGCUUGACGAUUACGGAUGCUGCUAUUGGCAAGAUUGCAGAGCAUGGUGUUCGGAUCAGCCUGCGAUACUGCCUGCAGAUAUUGACCCCGGCAAGUAUUCUGGCACGGGUCAACGGUCGCAGUCAAAUAGACGUGCAGGACGUUGCGGAAUGUGAGGAUCUGUUCCUCGACGCUCGGCGUAGCGCGGCCCUUCUCAGUGGUGAGACAGGGCACAGCUUCCUCCCAUGA